AUGAAGAAAAGCCUCACGGAGCAUAACACAUUUGAUGUAGGUGAAGAAACAAGCUGUGUGGAUGUCUGUGUAAACAAUAUUCCAGGAAGAGAGAACAGCAAGUACAAGGCCACGCAGGCUGGAGAGCGCCUGGUGUGUGAGAGAGACACAAGGAGACCAGUGGGACAGGAGCAGGGCAGCAAGUGGGAAGCAGAUGAGCUCAGAGGUGUAACUGGCGGUUGGAAGGAUUUUUAUAAGCCACAGUCAGUGAACAAUUUCCUGAUGACUGGUCCAAAGAGCAAAUGUCUCCUAAAUUCAGUCCGAAUUUUGACCUCUGUGUCCCUGCAGGCUUACUUGAUCUACUCCAGCAGUGUGGCAGCUGGUGCUCAGAGUGGUAUUGAAGAAUGUAAAUAUCAGUUUGCCUGGGACCGCUGGAACUGCCCGGAGAGAGCCCUGCAGCUAUCCAGCCAUGGCGGGCUUCGCAGUGCUAAUCGAGAGACAGCAUUUGUACAUGCCAUCAGCUCUGCUGGAGUCAUGUACACUCUAACUAGAAACUGCAGCCUUGGAGAUUUUGAUAACUGCGGCUGUGAUGACUCCCGCAAUGGGCAACUGGGGGGCCAAGGCUGGCUGUGGGGAGGCUGCAGUGAUAACGUGGGCUUCGGAGAGGCGAUUUCCAAGCAGUUCGUUGAUGCUCUGGAAACAGGACAGGAUGCACGGGCAGCCAUGAACCUGCACAACAACGAGGCUGGCCGCAAGGCGGUGAAGGGCACCAUGAAGCGCACGUGCAAGUGCCACGGCGUGUCUGGCAGCUGCACCACCCAGACCUGCUGGCUGCAGCUGCCCGAGUUCCGCGAGGUGGGCGCGCACCUGAAGGAGAAGUACCACGCGGCACUCAAGGUGGACCUGCUGCAGGGAGCUGGCAACAGCGCGGCUGGCCGCGGCGCCAUCGCCGACACCUUCCGCUCCAUCUCCACCCGAGAGCUGGUGCACCUGGAGGACUCCCCAGACUACUGCCUGGAGAACAAAACGCUGGGGCUGCUGGGCACCGAAGGCCGAGAGUGCCUGCGGCGCGGGCGGGCCCUAGGCCGCUGGGAGCGCCGCAGCUGCCGCCGGUUGUGCGGGGACUGCGGGUUGGCGGUGGAGGAGCGCCGCGCGGAGACCGUGUCCAGCUGCAACUGCAAGUUCCACUGGUGUUGCGCUGUCCGCUGCGAGCAGUGCCGCCGGCGAGUCACCAAGUAUUUCUGUAGCCGCGCAGAGCGGCCGCGAGGAGGCGCUGCGCACAGACCCGGGAGAAAACCCUAAGGGUCUCCUCUC